AUGCACGAGCUGCUGCUGUUCGCCUCGGUCCCGGUGCACCAGCGUCAUGAGCUGCUCCAGCAGCUGGCCGGGCUGACGGCCAUGCAGCCUCGCCAUUGCCUGGAGCGCAGGUUGAUCUUCAAGGCUUACCGCAAACCGGGCCUGGUCACGGUGCGCACCGGAGCCAGCCAGGAUCUGCAAUCGGCCGAGCUACAGCGCCUGAACAAGAUGCUCAAUGGGGGCAUGUUCUACACCCAGGUGGUCGGCCCCGUCUCGGAGAUGGACUUUGGCGGUGCCGGCGCUGCGCCGCCGGGCCCGGGCGACACGGUCAUGACAGACACCACCGAUGACGCCAAUCCGCCCCCAGCAGACCAAUAUGACUAUGCCCGUCAGCCGUGGCGUCUGGAGUUUCGUGAUAUCCCCGAGGCCGGGACGAGGUCCGCCGUCACGGCGCGGGUCAUGUCUAGUGCGGCGCUGCCCCGGGGGGACAUCGUACCACCGAUGAAUGCGUGGGGUUACAGCUUUGUCACCGAAUACGUCGUGGAAGGCGAUGUUUUCAUCCACAAUGACAUUGUCAUUUUCUUGCACCGCGUACUGCACUACCCGACGAUUGACCAGGAAUAUCGGGAGCCUCGGCGACAGUUGCCCGCAUUCAAGGAUAUGGCCCCGCUGGAGAAGAGCGGCAGCUAUGUGUUGCAGGCAUCCAUCACGGUCCAGGAUGGCAGCAACCAGGAGACGAUGAAGACGGCCUCACAGCAUCUGUUUGGGCUGCGUGAGCAGCUUAAGUCGGCCGUGCGUCUGGAGCAGGCGGACCGUCUGUCCUUGGAUACGAGGGCCAAAUAG